AUGGUCAAACCAUCGCUUUUAUCGGCCAACUCUGAGCCGCUUCACAUAUUUCAAGAUGACUACUUGGACCAGCCCGCCCCAUCUAUCAGUCGGGCACCGAUGCCCUCGGUUAAUAAACAGCACUCUCCUCGCCGAGCUCUGCAGAGCUCAAAUGGAAACGUAAUAUUUAAUCCGCCUAAUGCGCACGCGAAACAACAUUCACCGUUUAAGCCAACCGGACGCACCGCUUCUUCACCGAUGACACCGCUCAGAUCGCAUGGCAGCAAGCUCAAUGCCGUAUCGAUACUACCGCCGGCGUCUCAUGGACAGACAACAGAUUCGAUGCAGAAGAAACAGCCGUUAAUGUCGAGAUUUAAGACAGUUGUGCAAAAGCCGCUAGUGGAAGCAAAUGCAAGUUACGGAAAAGAAAACGUUCAUCCUACGCUAUAUCCCGCGCCAUCUACCUUCAAUCUGAGCCUGGAGAAUUACUAUCAAAAUGCACCACCCCGGAAGCGAGCAUUACUCGAGGCCGCCCCAAUUCAGGACUCGAGACCCGCGAAGAAGGCUAAAUUAGAAGAAUCACCUUUACCGCCACCUGAUUCCUUCCCUGCGAUUGAGGAUACUGGCGCAAAACCAUCAUAUAGCUAUGCUCAACUGAUCGGAAUGGCAAUUUUACGUGCCCCGCAAAGGCGACUUACACUCUCACAGAUCUACAAGUGGAUUUCGGAUAACUUCUCCUUCUAUAGCGCUCAAGAUGCGGGGUGGCAAAAUAGCAUUAGACAUAAUCUCUCCCUCAAUAAGGCCUUUAUCAAACAGGAGCGACCAAAGGAUGACCCGGGCAAGGGUAAUUACUGGGCCAUAGAGCCUGGCAUGGAGCAUCAAUUUAUGAGAGAGAAGCCAAGUAAGAAAUCUACCACGAACAUGGGAAACACCCCUUUUAUGACUAGUCGGGUCGAGCCUCCUCGAAUUGAGCCUACUGGUUUCCAUGACGGUCUACCUUCUCUACCUCCAGUGCUCCCGGCACAACCGAACCCAUAUAUUCAUGAUUCGAUGUUAUCACAAGAUCUAAGUCAAGCUGCACCUGAAGUCUCAUCUGAUGCUACUAUUCCGUUAUCCGAUAAUGUCGGACCAGAAGAGCAACCGGACAAGAGCCAGGAACAGGGGCAACCUCCAGAGAGCGGCGCAUAUUCUCCUCUCCCUCCUGCUAUACAUUCAUCGCCCCCGAUUCCUCGUCGAAUGGAAGCCCGGAGCAAUACUCCGCCCCCAACUAGGAGAGAACCUCCUUCAUCUGGCCCUCACAAGCGUGGCCAUGGACGCAAGUACGCUUCAAUGGACGCCUGUAUGGAUGAUAGUGGAUAUAUCUCGUCCUUAGAGUCGUCAGCUAUGCGCCCUAGAGGUAAUCGAAUCCUUAGUUCUGGAACUGAUCGUCCCCGAAUUAAGCGAGGACGUGCCGAAGAGGAGAUUGCGCGGCUUCGUGCCUCAUCCUAUGAUAGUCCUACUAAGGGACGUCCUUUUGAAUUUGCCCCUCCCUCUUCAUCACCACUGAGACGGACAAACGGCGCUGGUCAGAUGCUGCCUCCUCUGACACCCGCUGUUAAAAUAAAGCCGCCCCCAAAGCCUCCUGCUUCUGUUUCGCCCAACACGAAUCUACGCAUACAUAGGGACAAUGUUAGGUCCAUGCUUAAUUCGCCUCUUCGUCGUGUUAGCAACAUAACUGAGGAUACAAUGCCGUGGAGUCCAGCAUUCCAAAUAGACGAUUCGCUGUUUAACUUUAACGAUUUCGUCACGGACCCUGCUGAAUUUGAUAUAUAUCAAGAUCAGUCCUUAGAUCAAUUCUUUGGUGCUUCGGACAAUGGCUCUCCCCUGAAGCGCUCGGCUAGGAGGGGUCGCCUUGACCGAUCUAUAUCUGCUAGUGUCCUUGGUGACCUUACAAACUCUGCAUCGAAACGGUCGAUCACGUCGGCUCCCUUACUGAAGGCACCAACUUCGACUACACCUCUGUCGUAUGAGACCCCAAGUAAGGUGUUCGAAGACAUAUCUUCGCCCAGUAAAAUAUUCAUGCAGUCUCCCACAAAGAAUGUUUCUUCCACAAAGAACAACUGGAUGGGCCUAGAAGACUUUUGCACCUCCCAAUUCUUCGAGGACGAUGCGGACGAGGGUACAGGCAUAGAUAUCCUUCAGGGCUUUGAGAGAAUCAGCGGUAGCCAACCUCCUCGCGGUCUACCCGCUUCCUCCAAAUCCUCGAAGCCGGCUCUAGGUCGUAGUUUUACGACCAAAUUUUAA